UCAUUUUUAUAACAGUGCCAGAGAAGGUUCCAACUUGGAUUCGAAAGUCGAGUUGAUUUUCUUCGGCCGCCCUUUGAUCGAAUUUCUCCAGAUUUCGACCAGUUUCCAGCCUAAAUUGAAAGGGGAUUUUCCAGCCGGAAAGGAGGAUGUCCCAACGGGAAAAAGGCCCCCGGGAGGGACCGGGCCGACGUUGAACCACUCACGAGAGAUGCACACCAACCCCAGUACGUCGACAGGCCGGCUAUGAAGGUCUUCAAACCCCACUGGAUAGGCCAUGAGGGCAAGCCGAUUUAUUCCAUUGACAUCCACCCGGACGGAUCUCGGGUCGCGACUGGAGGACAAGGGAUCAAUUCUGGCCGUAUCGUCAUUUGGAAUAUGGCUCCGAUCUUGUCAGAGGAAAGCGAAGAAGAUCCAAACGUUCCUAAAAUGCUGUGCCAAAUGGACAAUCAUUUAGCUUGUGUCAAUUGUGUCCGUUGGAGUUAUUCUGGUCGGUACCUUGCUUCCGGUGGGGAUGACAAGUUAAUCAUGGUCUGGACGAUAUCAAAGUCUUUCAGUGGAAAUAUGGUUUUUGGAAGCAAGGGAAAAGUGAACGUUGAAGGAUGGAGGUGCGCCUAUACGCUGAGAAACCACCAGGGCGACGUUCUCGACAUGGCCUGGUCGCCGGGCGACCACUGGUUGGCCAGCUGUUCAGUCGACAAUACGAUAAUAAUAUGGAAGGCCGAUAGUUUUCCAGAAACGACUGCAGUAUUAAAAGGCCAUACGGGCCUAGUUAAAGGCGUCAGUUGGGAUCCGGUUGGAAAGUACCUGGGUUCGCAGUCAGACGACAAGACGGUACGAAUAUGGCGCACAUCAGAUUGGUGUACGGAAAAAGUGAUCAAGAAACCAUUUGAAAAGUGCUCUGGGUCGACAUUGGUGCUCAGGCUGAGCUGGUCGCCCGACGGACAGACGCUUGUCACAGCUCACGCAAUGAACGGUACAGGCCCGACGGCGCAGAUCAUUGAGAGGGACGGCUGGGACUAUUCGAAAGACUUCGUCGGCCAUAUCAAGGCCGUAACUUGCGCCAGGUACAGUUCAUCGAUUAUGGAGCUGUUUCGGCGAGGGAAGCCGGUGCAGGCUUGCGUCUGCGCCCUUGGCUCGAGAGACUGUUCCAUUUCCGUCUGGAGCACGCUUAUGGGCCGGCCGCUCGUCGUCAUCAAAGACCUUUUCAAUUCGCCCGUACUCGAUAUAUGCUGGUCGAAGUCAGGGAGCUAUUUGAUGGCUUGCGCCGGCGACGGUACGACGGCCUUGCUGCAAUUUGAGCUGCAAGAAAUCGGAAGGCCGAUCACAGAAAUGGAAAAGGGUCAGACGUUUGAAAAGCUUUACGGUAAGUUCGCCCUGGACGGGAUCAGGGAGACGAUGGUGAUCGAAAACCCGGAUUUAUUUUCGAAUUGCGUUAAAAAAGAAAAGUCGCCAAUUUUGCCGGAUAAAGAGGAAAACAAAGAGACGUUGACAAACGGCUACCUGCCUGCGCAUCAGUCGCCGUCACCAACUCCUACGAACACACAAGUCAGCCAGUCGGAAUCCAAUUUCUUGAAAAGGUCGACGAAACAAAUAGAAACUAGAACUUCAGACGGAAGGAGGAGGAUAACACCUAUUUUCAUCCCGCUCAAUCAAGACAAAAUAGAUGAAAUAACCCCAUUUGGCUCCGAUUCUGUCCCGUCUUUUUCAUCGUGCAUGAACAAGUCAAGAAUAGUCGUAGAGAAACGGGAGGACGUGAUCGUAAUACCGAAUGUGACACCCGUAAAGUCAUCUUCGCAGACGCAGACCAAACGGCCCACGAUGAAUACAUCUUUGUCUAACAGCUCUGAUGCCACUCAACCGAGCGGUUUCACGGGGCUCGUAAGCACGGCGGAGAAGACUGAGAGCAAGCGGAGGAUCAGCAAGCGUCCGACGCUCAAGCUCACUGAAACCUCGCCAGCCUCUCCGAAGAAGAAGAAGAAAAAAGGACAUCACAGGUGUUCGCCGCAGAAAAAAACGGCGUCGCAUUUAUUAGUCUGUGAUCUUCUUCCAAAGCUAGAGCUUUCGACUGUUAAUAAUAUCAAGAUGUUCAAGAGUCGUAAUUAUAUAAACAUUGAAAAUAACAUAAGUAAGGCUAGUCCUCAAGGAUGUUUAUCAGUUGUUAGGAUGUUUUCACCAGACGACAAUAAACCUUUAUGGGAAUUAGCCUUAGGUAGUGAAGUCUGCGGCUGCGUAGGCUCUUCGGACGUGGUCGCACUCGCUUGCGAUGACCAGACAUUGAGGGUCAUCGAGCCUAAGAGUGGGGCACACCUUGCGCCACCAGUCGCUCUUGCCUCUUCGCCAGCUGUGCUCACACUCUCGUCGUCGUUUGUCCUGUCAAUAACGACAUCCGGGAAUAUAACGGUGCUAUCGACGGAUCCGAAAGGCAGCACUCCGAAGGCCGUCUUGUCCGACAAGUCACUUGCGUCUCUAGUCUCGGCGCAGGGUGAGCUCAGGAUAAAGGAGUGCCUUGUCACCGAGACAGGUGAGCCAAUGGUGGCGCUUACCUGCGGCAAAGCGUUCCUCUAUUCGCUCAUACACAACUGCUGGCUUUUGGUGGGAAACAGCAAUGACGCCGUAUUAAGAAAUACUCAACAUAGUUAUAGGAAUUCGCUUCGGUACGCGUCUGCGAAUGAAUCAUUGCCACUCAAGUCGAUCCAAGCGGCUACGUUCAACGGGUUGAGCAGCGGUGUCGGACGGCUGGUGCAGAACACCGAACUAGGGCCGUUAUGCACUCUUUCGUUUCUUGAUAUGCAAAUGGCUUCGGCGCAGGCGCUCUCCUCAAAAGCGGAGUACAAAUUCUGGCUCAUCACGUAUGUGAGGUUUCUCAUACAUCAAGGCCUUGAGUUGAAACUGCGGCUGGUGUGUGAAGAGCUCCUCGGGCCGAGCCAUUCGACGUCGACGAACAACCUCUUUUCCAGUUGGAACAAACAAAUACUCGGCCUGAAUAAGCAUUCUCUGUUGAGAGACGUGUUAAAAGAGAUGUCGAACAACAUCAAACUUCAAAGGCUCUACACCGAGAUAUCUUCCCAGCUCGACAGGAUAGCAGACAGAUGCGAAGAACCCAGUGAACAAUCGUAGAAAACAAAAGAUGAAAAAAUCCACUUUGACAAAAGAAAAGAAGAAAAAGAAAGACAAGAAACUAUUGUGUAAAUAAUUACUAUUGGUCGAGACGGAAAACAAAGAAUACUCUUUUUAAAGUUUCUUUCCUUGAUCCAUCUAAAAUAGCCAUGUCCGUUUUUUUCUUUUUUUCCAGUUUUUUAAUUAUUUAAAUAAAAGCUGUAUUUAUCUCUUAAAAACAAAAACUUAUUUCUAACAAAUGUUUUGUCUCAUUCAAUUGUAUUUUGUAUAGUUCAUAAUAAAACAUCAUUGAAAAUACAUUUUUACAGAUAUACGUUUA